AAUCUCUGUCCAUAAUCCAAUACAGUCAAAAUUACGGAAUUUCAAAUUUUUGCUGAAAGUUUCGUAAUUUGCUGUUCCGUAAUUUUUACCGAAUAUUAUUUGAACUGUUAGAUUACGCAACAGGCACGGCAUUUUUUAAAAAAGUUACCUCUUCGUGUAUUGAAUUAGCUGUACCGACGAGAAAAAUGUAGAUUCGUCAAAUAUUUUUAUUGACGAAUGUAAUGUUUCCAUUUGGACGGAAACAAUGCGUCACCACAACGGGUCAUUUCACACUUUAGGACGUAAUUUUUGAGUGGCCCAUCAAGUUAACGAUCGAGCUAGUCAUCCGAUAAAAAGGCCUAUAGUAUUGACAAAGUUCACCACAAGAUAAACCCCGAGAAGUUGAGUAUUACACUGUACAUGUAUGGGAGUGUCGCGGGCACCGUUCGUCAGCGAUUUUCUAGGCCUCGCGGGCCAGUCACCGUAACAGUUCUCCAGUGUAUCUCGGUGAGUGUAGUAAACGAACGAGUACCAGGGCCACGGUAUCCCCGGCUGCAAACAGUAUACAAACCCGUCCACUUUGACUCAAUCCAAUCGGUACGGUGUGCCAGUCGUGCGUUAUUCCGAGUGCUGUGUGGAUCGUGCAUCGCGCGAUUCUAAAAUUAAAAAGAUUAACACCUACCAAUUUCCCCUUUAUCACUUCACCCGUAUGAAUCAUUGAAUAACACUUGGAUUAGUGAGGAGGUGCCCAGUGACUCGAGGAUUAAAAUUCAGUGGAAGAGGAGUGGGAAGGUACGAGACUAGAUGUGCCGCUGAGAGGAGUGGAGCUAUCAAGAUACCUGAUUGUCUUGAGGUAUCUGGAAUCAGAAGAUCACUACUGAUAUCGAGAAUGGCGUGCUGCGGAUGUGGGGAUGAUGGGUCGAAGAUCGAGCCUGGGACGCCUGAUCAGGAGGAGCCGUCAUUGGGUGAGGGUGAGAAAGUUUUUACCCAGAAUAGAUCCUGCACUGAUUUAGCAGCCCUCAUUAUCCUCAUAGGGCUCAUUGCUGGUUUUGGCUUCUUCAUGAUCACUGCCAUCAAACGAGGUGACGUUCAUCGCUUGAUAAAUGGCUAUGACGAUUGUGCCAACGUCUGCGGACGUAUUACACUAGCCGAAAAAAAUCCGGAAUUCAGUUGCAAAGGCGCUGACAUGAGAAAUCUCAAGUAUCUUCAUGUUACGGUGGGCACCAAUGGUGUCAAAAGCCGUACGUGUGUCUCAAAUUGUAGCAGCUUUGAAGACCAAAUUCAGUUCUUGAAUCGUUGCAUUCCUAAAAAAGUAACCAGCAGUGCUAACUCGGUGCUGCGAGCCCUUGGAUUGGAGAGCUUUUUCAACGAAGUAUCGAGUGACCUGAACAUCGCCUGGCGUGAAUUAAUCUCCCUUCUUCUAAUUGCUCUCGCAAUAUCACUCGGCAUUCUGAUAGCUUUCCGAUACAUCGUAUCGUACGUCAUUUACAUCGUUCUCAGUGGUUCAGUUGUCGUUUCCAUUGGUGGAACAAUUUAUCUCUGGUUAGCUUGGUACCAAGAGGGAAGAGCUGUUAAGAUGGGCAAAAUACACGCGGACGAUUCAAGUGUAACACCCUAUCUCAUUUAUGCUAUUCUCAUGACAAUUGUCGCUGUCGUCACUGUACUAGUGGUUCUCGUUAUGAGAAAAAGAAUAGCUCUUGUGGUGCAACUCUUUCGAGAAGCGGGCAAAGCCGUUUAUUCGAUGCCAGCGCUACUUCUUCAACCCAUUUACACGUAUCUUCUCAUUGGGUUAUCCUUCGUUGCGUGGGUCUACUGUGUUUUGUGGAUCGAGAGCGCUGGGGAGCUUUACAAAAAUCGGAAGAAUCACCUCCAUUACAAAAAGGACGCUGUUCUCCUGACUGCCAGGUGGUACAAUCUCUUUAUGUAUUUCGUAAUGGCUGAAUUUUAUCUCGGCUGUCAGCACAUGGUAGUGGCUGGUGCUGUUGCCCGUUGGUUUUUCACGAGGGAUAAAAAACGCCUGUCACUGCCAGUGACACGCAGUACAUGCUGUUUGCUGCGAUUUCAUCUGGGUACAGUGGCAUUUGGUGCAAUGAUCAUCGGUGUUGUGAGAUUACUUCGUGCUAUGAUAGCAUUCGUUCAAAAUAGACUGAAGGGAUAUGAUAAUGGCUUUGUCAAUGGGAUACUCUGGUGCUGUCAGUGCUGUAUGUGGUGCUUCGAGUGUUGUCUCAAAUUUCUCACGAGAAACGCUUAUAUCGAAACUGCAAUUUACGGAUGCAGCUUUUGCACUGGGGGAAAAAAAGCAUUUCGUGCACUCUCUGAUAAUAUUUUGAGGGUAGCAGCAAUCAAUAGCGUUGGAGAUUUUGUGCUAUUUUUGGGAAAGGUACUCGUCGUUGCACUCACUGUUCUCUGUGGUGUUUAUCUCAUACAGAAGAAGGAUGGACUGCACCAUCCCUGGGUCCCCAUUGCCAUCGCCGGAGUGUUCGCUUUCCUCGUCGCCCACUGCUUCAUUUCCAUCUACGAGAUGAUCAUCGACACGAUUUUCCUCUGCUUCUGCGAGGACUGCGCUCGCAACGAUGGAAUCAGUCGGCCCUACUUCAUGAGCCGCGGCCUGAUGGAAUUCGUGGAGAAUAGCAAGAAGGCACUCAAACAUCUAGAUAGUCAACCUUCUAGUCCGACGUAAACAAUUCAAGAAUUGAGACAAAAAUCACUCAAAAAUUUACUCAAAGAUUGGACGAUUCAGGAGUAUUCUCGGUAAGUGCAUUCGUCACAAGAUAAUUACAAAUACAUACUCACCGUCCAGGAACUUUGCGAUGACGUUUUCAACGGCCGACGGGCUUGUGAGACAGCCCGUACUCCUCUCAACGUUUUCAUUACAUACUUCAUGAUUUCUUCAUGAUGCAGUGCUUCAAAUAAAUAAUUACCUGAGGUAAUUAUUGAACUUUAUUCUUGGAAAAUGAGUGUAAGAAUUAUGCGCGACGAUUUUUCUUAAUUUAGAUUUAUUUAUAACUAUAUGAAUUGAUAGAAAUGUAGUCUUUUUUUACUUCCAAUGAAUUUAAUGUGGUAUUCCUUUGGGCAAGUAUCCCAUAUUUGCAGAAAUUAAGUUUAAAAUUGCUUGGAAUAUUUUUAUACCGAUCAAUACAUUUCAUAAUCAGUAUUAUGUAAAUUAUGUAAAAGAGGUCAUUGAUAUGGAAUUAAAAAUACAGAAGUUACAACGAA